AUGACCAAGCGCACCAAGAAGGUCGGUAUCACCGGUAAAUACGGUACCAGAUAUGGUGCCUCCCUGCGUAAGCAGGUGAAGAAGAUGGAAAUCACCCAGCACGCCCGCUACGUCUGCACUUUCUGCGGCAAGAACACUGUUAAGCGCAAGGCUGUUGGUAUCUGGGAGUGCAAGGGCUGCAACAAGACCGUCGCCGGUGGCGCCUACACCGUCUCGACCCCCGCCGCCGCUGCCACCCGCUCCACCAUCCGUCGUCUCCGUGAGAUCGCUGAGGUUUAA